AUGACGUUGCACAUUGUGUUAGAGUAUGAUUCUGCUGCUGCUAAUGGCCCAUGGCACCUCCCGGAUUCCUCCUCUGAUUGCUGGAUCGAUUUGAAGUCUGUCACUUUUGGCGUGGUGAUGGUGCCACACAACUUAAUGGAAGAUGUUGCAGCGAAGCAGAGUGGAGUGAGACGCUGCUACACCGGCUCAAGGCAAAACCUCUACAUAGACAAAACAACAAAGGUCAUUUGCCAGGGUUUUACUGGGAAGCAGGGAACUUUCCAUAGCCAACAGGCUUUGGAAUAUGGCACUAACCUUGUAGGAGGAGUAUCACCUGGGAAAGGGGGUAAAAGCCACUUGAAUUUGCCUGUCUUCAACUCCGUUAAAGAGGCCAGAGAAAGCACAGGAGCUGAAGCAUCUGUUAUCUAUGUCCCUCCCCCGUUCGCCGCUGCUGCUAUCCUUGAGUCAGUAGAUGCUGAGAUCCCGCUGGUGGUCUGCAUCACCGAAGGAAUUCCACAGCAGGACAUGGUACGGGUGAAACAUCGACUUCUUCGCCAGAGCAAGACUCGCCUUGUUGGCCCCAACUGUCCAGGAGUGAUCAAUCCUGGAGAGUGUAAAAUUGGAAUCAUGCCCGGGCACAUCCAUAUGAAAGGACGAAUUGGUGAGUACUGGAUGAAAAUUGGCUUCUGUUUCUGCUUAGGAUUUGUGAUACUAUAAUGUACAAUGUGGAAA